AUGUCAAACAACUGACUGUUAUUUACUCAGAGUUAUUUACACCCAAUGCGAUUAUGGCCAAAUCAGAUUCAGAUAAUUAUGUAUAGUUUCAGUGUGAAAUUUAUAUUAAAACCAACUGAAGAUUUCUUAUAGUGCUCCUUUGUUCGUGUCCCAGUGUUGUUGUGACAAUAUACGACCUAAAACUUUCAAAAACACGCAUUUGAGCCAUACAGACCGUUACACAAGCGUUAACUGUGCAAGUGCUUUAAUAGUGUUAUUGGACCUGUGUAACCCAUUGUAAGUGACAAUAAACUUUACGUUGGCCAUAGAUUUUCAUGGAAACAGCUUUUCCAAGUGAUUAAAAACAUUUUUAAAUUUAAACGAACUUAAAAAUAUUUUUCCACUACAACUAACCCCAUCUGUGACAUAAUCCAAGUACUAUUUUGGAUAAAUCGUUACUGCUUUCCUUAAGUACUUGACGAGAGCAAGUGAUUUUUCUAGUAACCGCUAGAGGGUAUUAAACCAGUUAAAAUGAAUAAUUGUGGAGUCUGCAACAAAACCAUCAAAGAUGAUAAAAGCUCAGAAGACACUGUAGUAUGCUGUACUUCGUGCCUAAAAAAAUUUCACCUCGGAUGUCUUCUACGCAAUCACUAUUACAGCUUCAAGAUGCGUUUGAUAAUAUGAAACGUGAAAUGAGUGCCUUCACUUGUGCUCUAAAUUCUACAACAGAAGACGUAGAAUACUUCCGAAAAGAGUUAAGUGAUAUGAAAAAAGAGCUUAAGGAUUUGGACAAGUAUAAAGCUGAAGUUGUUGAUCUUCGAGCUGAGGUGUUGGAACUUCGACAUGAACUUGAUGCUAGGGAACAACAAAAGUACCUGAAGGACGUAGAACUGACGGGCAUCACUGAACACCAGGGUGAAAAUCUUACACAAAUAGUGAAUAAUAUCUCCGCAAAACUCGGAAUUAGCUUGGAGCCCCACGACGUCGACGAUAUAAAACGCGUCGGUCAACGGACAACUGGGUCUGAUAGUAGACCUCGGCCGGUGAUCGUCACUCUUACCCGGCGAGCGCCUCGCGACCAGUUGCUGCGCGCCGCGAGGGUCCGCCGCGGCCUCACUACUGAUAUGAUCCAAGUACCUGGAAACUCCCGCCGUAUCUAUGUCAACGAGCACCUUACAAAAUCUAACAGAGUCUUAUUUAGUAAGGCACGCGCGUCCGGUCUGCAACUGAAAUUCAAAUAUGUAUGGACAUCUAAUGGCACUGUUUUCAUGAGAAGAACGGAAACUAGUUCUGUACUUCGUGUAACCUCAGAGACGAUUUUAGAGAAAUUAAUGAACCGACAUGUAAAUAACAAUAAUACUCGGAUUAACAGUCAGUAUUCCUAAUAGUAUGAACAUCUAUCUUUUUUACUAUUAUUUUUUGUUACGGCUGUUUGAUACUAUAACAUUACUCUUCAGCCGUCCUGUUGUGAUUUACUGUAUUCUAAUAUAUGCAAUAAUUUUAAUGUGGCUGUGGUUGUACAAACAAGCAUACUAUUUUCUCUUAUGCAUAGUUCUUACAAUGUACUAUUUAUUACGGAAACUUUUAUUUAUUAUAAUUGAUAGGUUAACAUCUUACAGUGAUUCUUGCUAUGCUGUCUCUUAUAAUUUUUUUACAAUUUACACUUGGUUCGGUACGGGUGUAAUUAUUUUUUACAAAUUCUCUGAAUAUUUUAAUAUCGUGCGCUAUGUUAUUAACUUAAAAUUAAAGCAUUUAUUUAUUGUUACUCAAGUUAGCAAUUUCAGAUCUCAUUUUGUGAUGCUUUGUUAUUUAGGUUAUAACAGAUACUUAUUUAUACUGGAGGGCGAUAAGUUACACUGUUCCAAUUUAUUUUUAUCCUCUUUAUUAUCUAAGUUCAUAAGUAGUUCUUAUAAAAUUUUCAUAAAUAACUUAACCCAACACAAUAUUCUUCAUCCAUCGAUUAUAGCACAAAAGUUAAUUCUUACUUACGGUAUGGACUUACUUAUUCUUACUUAUUCUCUGGGCUCUCUGUUAUUAUAUUUUUUAAACUCCUUUAACUCUGUUAUGUCCUGCUCUUUUAUAAUACACAUAAAUUACAAAUUAUGGAUACCAUAGACUUACACACACAUUUAGACAAUUCUUUUCACAUUAAUUGCCAAAAUGUGAAUGCGUUAGAAGACUGUAAGGGCAUUCUUACAAAACACUACAAUUUUAAGAUACUUACCUUCAAUAUCAGAAGUAUUCAUAAAAAUUUCAACAAUUUUCUUAUCGCACUUUAUCGUCUUGACAUUAAUUGUGAUGUUAUUGUACUAACGGAAUGUUGGCUUGAUUCUACUACAGUCAUUAAUUGUAUCCCUGGUUAUAACUUUUUUUUCACAAAACAUAACAUAAAUCAAAAUGGAGGUGUAGUUGUCUAUGUAAGAGAUUGCUGGGAUGUAAAUGUUUCGGAACCCUAUAUUACUGAUGCAUGUUGCCUUGUAUAGAGAUCCCAAAAUUCUUAGCAAUUCUGGGGAUUUACCGGUCCCCCUCUUUUAAAAAUACUAACGAUUUUAUUAAUUCUCUGGACAAUAUUCUUGAAUCUUUAAAAACUUAUCCUAAUUUAGUUUUUGCGGGCGAUAUCAAUAUAGACAUAUCUACAGAUGGUGUUUCACUGAAUUCCUCAGAGUACCUAUGCAGAACUGCUGAGCAUGGUCUAAUUCCGGCUGUCACUCUUCCUACUAGGCUUGACGCAUGCUUAGAUCACAUUUUCCUGAAAUCAACAUAUUCAGCGCAAAGCGUGGUAUGCGAUACAGAUAUAACGGAUCAUAAAAUACUCAUUAUGAGUCUGUCAACUCAAAAACACAAGUCUAAACCUUCCAGACUUAAAUUUGUAACAGACUUCGAGAUGGUUUGCAUCGACCUGAAAGCAAUCGAGUGGACCUCAGUCCUUGAAUUGAUGUUAACGAGGCGGCAAAUCUCUUUUUAGACACUUUUUCAGAGAUAGUACAAAAAAAUACAAAAGAAAUAAAAAUAAGCAAACUAAAAUACAACAUUGAACCGUGGAUUACUGCAGGUCUUCUGCGGUGUAUAAGACAUAGAGACUAUCUACACAUGCAAGCACGAAAGAAUCCAGAUAAUGAAAUCAUCACAACGUCAUAUUCUAGAUACAGGAAUUAUUGUAACGACUUACUAAGAAGAUUAAAACGCGAGUAUGAAAGAAAAGAAGUAAAUAAAAACCGUCAUAAUACUAAGGCUCUGUGGAAUACUCUCAGUAAAAUUGUAACUUAAAACAGAAAAGUAACUUGCCUUCUGGACUGCUCACAAAAUUAGAGAACCCUACUGUGCCACUCAAUGAAUUUAACAAAUUUUUUGUCUCUAUCGGGCAAGAAUUGCAAAUAAAAUACUCAGAGAUAUUAAUGAAUCCGAAGACAGUUUAUCUUCUAAACUGAACACCGCAAAUGGUCCAUCAAACUCCUUGUAUCUUUCCCCAACUGAUCACGAUGAGGUCGACGCAUUAAUACGUAAUUUAAAAAACAAUAGUGCUCCUGGUUUAGAUGGUUUUUCAAAUACAUUGAUAAAAGCAGUUAGAGCGUACACAAUCAUUCCUCUUACUCAUAUCUUCAACUUGAGCUUCAGCACAGGAUGCUUCCCUGAAGUUUGGAAAAUUGCAGCUGUAACGCCGAUUCACAAAGAAGGACACAAAGAAGGACCCAAAGAUGCGCCCAGUAACUAUCGGCCAAUUUCACUUCUUAGUGUAUUUUCAAAACUAUUAGAAAAAAUUACAAACAAACGUCUGUCACAAUUCCUAGAAGAUAAUGGAAUGCUAGCAAAUAAUCAAUUUGGUUUCCGAAGAGGAAAGUCCACAGAAGAUGCUGCAGAAAUGGUAAUUAAUUCCAUAGCGUCACAUCUAGACAACGGCCGCUUUUGCUACGGUGUCUUCCUGGACCUCGCUAAGGCAUUCGAUACAGUCUCAAUUUCUAUCUUAUUGCGUAAAUUAGAAAGGAUGGGGAUUCGAGGGAUUGCUCUGGACUGGUUUUGCAGUUACCUCUCCCAUAGAAAGCAACUUGUAAAACUAAAUAAAUUUACUAGCUCUAUUCUACCCACUACAUUUGGAGUCCCCCAGGGCAGCAUACUCGGUUCCUUGCUAUUCAUUAUUUACAUGAAAGACAUUUAUGAUCUUAACCUAAUAUCCGCUGACAUAGUUUGUUACGCGGAUGACACAGUCAUAAUUUUUCAUGGUGAAGACUGGGAUAGCGCACGAAUUGCUGCUGAAAAGGGCAUGCACCAUAUAUCAAAAUGGUUACAGUAUAAUCUUCUUACUCUCAAUAGUAAUAAGACAAAAUACAUAUGCUUCCACAAAACAGCCAGAACACGGCCCCCGGACUUAUCAUAUUGCAAAAUCCACACAUGCGACUACUCCGAUCCAUUUCACUGUGACUGUAUUU